AUAAGUCACGGUGUUGACAGUGAGGCAUACACACAGCAAUUCUGUACCCGCGAUAGAUAACCCCUGCUCGAAGCCCUGUAAUGUUGUCAGACUGACUACACGGCACCAACUGGUCAUAAUAACAGACACCCAGAUGGACGGACCCUUGUUUAUGCACGUACCAUGCAGGCCUACUCCAGUGUAUUGUCAGAGGCCCCUGGUUCUGGAUGCUGUGGGGUGCAGGUUUCCUCUUCCCGUGGGGGGCGACUGCAGCAGAGUACCGCCUCUAAAACUGGCGGGAGAGGCCGAUGGGGUGGGGAAGACAGCCUCCACGCCCCUUGCAUCCCUCCCUUACAGCCUCAGCCUCUUUGAUCACAUGAGGCGACAACAUGCAAGCUGCUACCGUGUUCUAGACAAUAUCAAGUCGUCGCUAGCUCCCUCACUCACCCAACCCGUUCUAGUUCCAGAACGAACACUUGCCCUGCCAUCGAGUGAAAUGUUCAACAUAAGGACACAAGCAUCUCUCCCUGAAAAAAUUGCUCCAUCAGAAGGAUUGCAAGGGAUGGUUGGUUCUGUGUCCGAUCCCUACACAGCACAAUAUGGCUACGGCCGCAAAAUCUUCCCCUGCCCACAGUGUAGAUAUACCACAGACAGAAGAAAUAACCUGAAAAGACAUAUGCUGACAAUGCAUCAGGCGUGUUCAAAACUGUUAGAAUGCUGUGGCAUUUUGUUUACGACGAAGGCGUCGUUACGGGAGCACGCAAUGAUAUUCCAUUACCAUGGUUACACGUGUUUCUAUUGUGGAAGGAGGUUCUGCAGGAAGGCUCUCUUGAAGCGCCACCUCUCGGUGCACAACGGACAAAAAGACUUCGUGUGUACGAUCUGUGAUUACGCCACCAGUCAUAAAAGUAACCUCGAGCGUCAUCGCAAAGUGCACGCGCGACAAGAAGAUGGCGGCUGUGAAGGAGAGACAUCUAGUGACGACCCAAAGAACCAAUCAGGAGACGAGAACAUCGUUGACGUCAGCAGUGACGAACUCUCCAUCUGUUCCGACGACGAAGAAGAAAUAAACGUUCAUUCGGUAUAAAUGCUGCGAGAGCCAAACAACACUUUAGUCAUGCAAAGGCACACCGCGGAAAUCGACAUAAGAUCUGCUGAUUCCAAUCAUUUAAACGUUCAUGUGUCAUCGACUCAGCAGUUGACGUUCACAGGACAGUUAAGGUGUCAUCUACGCUUCGCAUUCCAAAGAUAUAUGAUAUAUUCUGCUUUCAACAGCAGGCAUGCGCAGUAUACCGUUACGUAUAAACUACACACACGUAUUGCAUACGUCAUACAUACGUAAUGCUUACGUCAUACAUACGUGAUGUAAGAUAGAAUCCAAAGAUGUCAUAGUGUGGUUAUGUGUCGUAAGCAGUUUCUGUGACUUUGUGACCCUGGCAGUGGACAAUCUCUCCUGAUGAGGAAGUGCAAUGUGAAGCAUUUUGUGCCUUGUACAUAAUAACGUUUAUUUAAGAUGAUGACGUGUCCGUGACGUCACUGAAUGGUGUAAAUCCUGAAUGCGAGAGUAAACUAUCUAAAGAUA